UAGUUAUGCAAUUUAAACAAUUGUUUUGGUCUUUGGUAAUUGUAAAGGUAAGAAGAAGGAAAAUGAGAGAUGGUGGUGCCGCUUCUAAGUAAGAAAAUCGUGAAGAAGAGACUCAAGAAGUUCAAGAGACCCCAGAGUGACCGCAAAAUCUCCGUUAAGACAAACUGGCGUAGACCAAAGGGUAUUGAUUCUUGUGUAAGAAGAAAAUUUAACGGAUGCACUUUGAUGCCCAACAUUGGCUAUGGUUUAGACAAGAAGACACGAAAUUAUCUCCCAAAUGGCUUUAAGAAAUUUAUUGUGCACAAUGUUGGAGAACUUGAACUUUUGAUGAUGCACAACAUGUCAUAUUGUGUUGAAAUUACUCAUGAUGUUUCGACAAAGAAGAGAAUAGAUCGUGAACGGGUAGCACAACUUAAGAAAAACCUUGCGGGUCCCUUCGGCUUCGCGGCGGAAGCAAUAGCUGCUAACCAUGCUUUACAAUUAGCUGCCGAUUUAGGGCUUCAAAGGGUCAUUUUAGAGGGAGAUUCCAGAUCGGUAACAGAGAAGCUAAUAUCGUCAUCAUCAGAUCGUUCGGAAAUAAGCACAAUCAUAGCAGAAGUAAAAUUUCCUGCAAGGCAAUUUGAAGCAUGCACUUUCAGAUUCACUCCGAGAGGGGGAACAAAACAGCACACAUCUUAG